AUGAGAGACAUGGAGUGCACCAGAGGCAGCUCGCCGCCCCUUUAUUCUCUUCCCUACGAGCUUCUCAUCACCAUCCUCGAAGUUUUCCCCUCACGUGAGCUUCUGCAGUGGACGAAUGUCUCGUCUCGGUUCUACAACAUUAUCUGCCACAUCUUGAGCCACAGGCUCGCGGCCAUAAGGCAGUUGAAGGGCCAAUAUACUCUUCGGCUGGACUGCCAUCUGCCCUCCAGGGUGGCCUCGCAGGGACGCACGAUAGGAACAUACCUCGACACCAGGACACUACCCCAUGAUCCCAGCGAACACCCCGAAGAGUUGGAGGGACUGUUAUCGCUAGAACAUGUAUUCUCUAUUGGCGACCUAGGGGUGCUGAGGGAACAAUACACUCGGUUUAAGGUAAUGCAGCAUUUCGAGUCGAUGUUUUCGCCUGAUUGGAAGGUGUUCACCAUAGACGACCAAAAUGAAGGCUCGGAAGGGAUAGGAGGAAUCUUCGGCGGGAGUAAAGUCAACAAUGGAGGCUUCAUGGCAGGCCGCAAAAACUCUCUGGGCGGUCAGAACACAUCAUCGAGAAACAGUCGAGUAGCCCCUUUUCGAAUUCUCGUCGAUUCUGCCGAGCCAUUCUCCCAAGUCUGUGUCUACGCCAAGCUGCUCGGUGACAGUCUACCGGAUGGCGUUAUAGUCUCCAAGGGGGUUGUACGACUCUGGAGGGACUGGCUGGCCCAACAGCCUGUUUUAACGUCACCACGACAUUUUACCGACCCGUACGAAGGAGAUUCUGAUUCGGACACCCACUCGCACCUGGCCGACGAGGUAGAUCACUCGUUAACAGAAGAAGAUGUGAAGUGGGUGGACCCCAAAAUGGACUCUGGACUAAGUCUGCAUAUCGGCAGUACUCAGGAGGUGACAAGCUGUGGGUUCCUGCGUGGAGUCAGCGAUUUGACAGAUACCAUCGUGUACUACACGAUUGAGAUCGAUGAAUUUGUGAUACGAUCCAGUCGACUGCUCUUUGCUAUGGAAGAGGCCGAGGAGAUAGAAGCGACAGGAUCGCAACAGACGGUAGUCUUAAGAGCAUUCCGUCCUCAUUAG